AUGGCCACCCCCGCAGUGAGCAAAGCACCCCCAAAGCUGGGUUCGAAGACCAACACGCCCGCCAAAACCCGCAAAGGCUCCGGCUCCAGCGUCGCCUCAAAGCCAAGCACCACGCAAGCAAGCCCAAACCCCAAGUCCCUGAAGAAGAGCACCCCCCGCAAACUCUCCCAAAAGGCCCCCGAGCCAAUCGAGGACGACGAGCAAUCCAUCCCCGAGACCCCCUCCCCCAAGUCCAAGAAGAAGACUUCCUCCUCUGAGCAGCGCCGCCCUACCUCCCCACCAGACGAUGUCGCCUCCCAGGCUUCCGGCUCGGCUGCCCCUCUCGGUCGUGCCGCUUCCGGUUUGACUGGUAAAGCUAAGGGUCUUGCUGGUGGUGUUGCUGGAAAGGCGAAGGAUACAGCUGCGCAGGGCGCCGAGACUGUUCAGAAUGGCACCAAGGAGGCGACUGAUAAGUUGCCAACUGAUAACCUGCCUGUUCCCUUUGACCUUUCGGCCUUGAAGGGUCUUGAGGUUGCUGAUGGUGGUAACAUCCUUGGACAGGAUGGGAACCCCAUUGGUCAGGUUGUCGAGGGUGACCCUGAAGACCUGGUCGGACAGACUGUUGGCGACGACGGCGAGAUUGUCGACGAGGAUGGUGAUCUGAUUGGUCGUGUUGAUAUCAUGCACGAGCUCGCCGAUAAGGCGAAGAACAUCCCUGACGAGGCGCAGUCCAAGGUGGGCGAUCUGGAGAAUGUUGUUACGGAUCUUGCUCAGCUUGAGGGUUUGCCUGUUUCUGACGGUGGUGUUAUCAAGAAUGGCGCUGGUCAGAUUGUUGGUCGCAUUGUUGAAGGUGACUGGGAAGAUCUGAUCGGAUACACUCUCAACGAGGAGGGUGAGAUUGUUGAUGAUGAAGGUGAUGCCAUUGGUCGUGUUGAUCUUGUUCCUAUUGAGGAGCAGAAGAAGGUCAUUGAAGAGACUGCCAACGAUGCCACUGAUAAGGUCGAUGGUGUCAAGGAUGAUGUUGAGGAUCAAUUCGAAGAUGCUCAGGAUAACCUGACUGCCGACCAAGCGAAGAGCGCUGUUGACGGUGUCGCCGAUGAGGCUGAAGGUGCCGUCGACGAUGUCGAUGACGUCGAUGAGGCUAAGAAUGCCACUGAAGGUGUUGUCGGCGAUGCUGAGGACACCGCCGAGGAUGCCCAGGGUGACCUCAAAGACACUGCCGAAGACGGCAAGAUCGAACUCGAAGACAAUGUCGAUGGCGUCAAAGAUACCGCUGAAGACGCUACCGAAGGUGCCGAGGGUGAUCUCGAGGAGACCGCCGAGGGCGCCAAGGACACCGCUGAAGGUGUCGAGGGUGAUCUCGAAGACACUGCCGAAGACGCCCAGGAUGCUGCCGAAGACGCCCAGCAGCGCAUCCCUAGCCUUGACACCCUCGAGGGCCUUAUUUGCAACAAGCGCGGCUACAUCAUCGACCAAGACAGCGGCAAGCCCGUCGGCGAGCUGAUCGAAGGCGACGCGAAGAAGAUCGCCAAGCUUGGCGCCACCCUCGACGACAAGGGUCAGUUCUGGGACAACCGCGGCAACGUCAUCGGCAAGGCCAAGGCCCUCCCCAUUGAAGAAGAUGAUGGCGAGGAAGGACCUUUCUCCGGUCUCGAAGGCUUGGUCGUCAACGAGGACGGCUUCGUCGAGGACGAGAACAGCACUCGUGUUGGCCGUCUGAUCGAAGGUGAUGCUAAGAAGCUCAGCGGUCGCGGUGUUGAUGAGGAUGGUGAAAUCCUCGACCGCAAGGGCAAUGUAAUUGGUCGUGCUGAGCGUCUUGAGGAGGAGCCUGAAGAGCCUGAAGAGGCUAGUCCUGACCUUUCUGCUCUGAAUGGUCUCACCUGCAACAAGGCCGGCUAUGUCAUUGGACCUGAGGGAUACCCCAUCGGCCGUGUUGUCGAGGGUAACCCCAAGGAGCUUGCCGGUAAGAAGAUCGAAGACGGCGAGGUUUACGACGGCAAGAAGGUCAUUGGUCGUGUUGAACUCAUUCCUGAGGAUGAGAUUGACAGCAAGGCUGAAGGCCCCUUCGCUGGUAUGGAAAGUAUCGUUGUGAACAAGGAUGGAUUCGUCGAGGAUGAUGAAGGAUCCAUCGUUGGCCAGCUUGUUGAGGGUGACCCCAAGAAGUUGCGUGGUCGCGCUGUCGAUGAGGAUGGUGAGAUCACUGACAAGUACGGCAAUGUCAAGGGUCGUGCUGAGCCCUACGAGCCCCCUGAGGAGGAGGCCCCCGAGGAAGAGGACCUCUCUCUCCUUGAGGGCAAGGUUGUCAACAAGUCUGGCAACGUUGUUGACCCUGCCACUGGUGCUGUUGUCGGUCGCGUUGUCGAAGGCGACAAGCGUCUUGCAGGUUGCAAGGUCGACGGCAAGGGCCAGAUCUGGGGUGACAACGGCAAGGUCGUUGGUCGCGCUGAGCUGAUCCCCGGUGGCGAGCAGAACAAGGCCGAGGGACCCUUCUUCGGCUUUGACAAUGCCGUCGUCGGUAAGGAUGGUGUCGUUACCAGCGGUGACAAGAUCAUCGGACGUCUCAUUGAAGGUGACGCCAAGCGCCUCCUCGGCCGCAGCGUCGACGAGGACGGUGAUGUCGCCGACAAGAACGGUAACACGAUCGGCAAAGCCGAGCGCUGGGAGCCCGAGGAGAAGAAGCGCGACAUCAACCCCAUGGCUGGUCGCAAGGUCACCAAGGAGGGUGAGGUCCGCGAUGCUGACGGCAACCUCAUCGGCAAGCUGACUGCCGGUAACCUGGCCACUCUUGUCGGUAAGGCUGUCGACGAUAAUGGAUUCGUCGUUGACAACGACGGCAACAAGCUCGGCGAGUGCACUCUUCUCGAGAACAUCCCCGAGCCCGAGGAAGAGGAAGAGGAGGGCCCUACCCCCGAGGAGCAGGAAGCCCAGGCCAAGGCUGAGCAAGACCGCCAGCUCGCCGAGAAGAUGUGCUACAUCCUCAACUCGACCCUUGAGGCCGUCAAGCCAGUCUGCAAGCAGAUAACCGAGGCAAGUUUCAUUCCAAUGUACGUUUCUCAGGACGAUACUAACAAAUCCCAGGCCGUCGAAAAAGCCGACCGAACCCCCAAGGACGAGCUCGAUGAAGAGAAACUCGUCCAGCAAGUCAAACCCCUCCUGGAAGAAGGCGGCCGCAUCCUGCAAGAAUGCAAUGGCUCAAUUCGCGCCCUUGACCCAGACGGACGUAUCGCCGCGACCGCCAAGGCGCGCGCUGCUUCUCGUGAUGCUACUCCUGAGGAGUACCAGCUCGCCGACAUGAUCAAGGAGCUCACUGAGACUGUGGUCAAGACCAUUGACAACGGCAAGAAGCGCAUUGCUGACAUGCCUCACGCUAAGAAGAAGCUGAACCCUCUCUGGGGAUUGCUCUCUGAGCCUUUGUUCCAGAUCAUUGCUGCUGUCGGAUUACUGUUGAACGGUGUGCUUGGUCUUGUUGGUCGUUUGCUUGAUGGUCUUGGUCUUGGUGGAUUGUUGAAUGGUAUUCUUGGAAGUUUAGGACUUGACAAGAUUAUUGAUGGACUUGGCUUGGGCAGUUUGACUGGCGCCCUUGGACUUGGAAACAAAUAA